AUGGUGUUGCAGAUGUGGAAGGCUACUGCAGGCCACACCAUUUCUGUCAAUCAGGAUGAUGGAGCCGAUGACUGGGAGACAGAUCCUGAUUUUGUGAAUGAUGUGAGUGAGAAAGAACAGCGCUGGGGAGCUAAAACUGUGAAAGGAUCCGGCCAUCAAGAACACAUCAAUAUUCAUCAGCUGAGAGAGAACGUAUUCCAAGAACACCAGAACCUCAAGGAGAAGGAGCUUGAAACAGGACCAAAAGCUUCCCAUGGCUACGGAGGGAAAUUUGGCGUUGAACAAGAUCGCAUGGAUAAAUCAGCUGUUGGACAUGAAUAUCAAUCCAAGCUUUCUAAGCAUUGCUCCCAAGUGGAUUCGGUGAAAGGGUUUGGUGGCAAGUUUGGAGUACAAACUGAUAGAGUUGACCAGUCAGCUGUUGGGUUUGAAUAUCAGGGGAAAACUGAGAAGCAUGCUUCCCAAAAAGACUACUCAAGUGGUUUUGGUGGAAAAUACGGAGUACAGGCUGACAGAGUGGACAAGAGUGCAGUGGGGUUUGAUUACCAGGGUAAAACUGAGAAACACGAGUCACAGAAGGAUUAUUCCAAAGGCUUUGGUGGUAAAUAUGGUGUUGACAAGGACAAAGUGGACAAAAGUGCUGUUGGCUUUGAAUAUCAAGGCAAAACGGAAAAACAUGAAUCACAGAAAGAUUAUGUAAAGGGGUUUGGAGGCAAGUUUGGAGUGCAGACAGACAGACAAGACAAAUGUGCACUUGGCUGGGAUCACCAGGAGAAAGUGCAGCUGCAUGAAUCCCAGAAAGACUAUAAGAGUGGUUUCGGAGGGAAAUUUGGUGUACAGACAGAAAGGCAGGACCCAUCUGCUGUGGGGUUUGAUUACAAGGAGAAACUAGCCAAGCAUGAAUCUCAACAAGAUUAUUCAAAAGGAUUUGGUGGGAAGUAUGGUGUGCAGAAAGAUAGGAUGGAUAAGAAUGCAGCAACUUUUGAAGAUAUUGAGAAACCAGCAUCAACUUAUCAGAAGACCAAGCCAAUAGAAGCUGUUGCUAAUAAAACAAGCAGCAUCCGAGCUAACUUUGAAAACUUAGCCAAGGAAAAAGAGCAGGAAGACCGACGAAAGGCAGAAGCUGAGAGAGCACAAAGAAUGGCCAGGGAGAAACAAGAACAGGAAGAGGCUCGAAGGAAGCUGGAGGAACAAGCUAAAGCCAAAAAACAAACUCCACCACCAUCUCCUACCACACAGCUGGCUGAGCAGAAGGCACCCUCAAGCCCACUCUACGAGGACGCAGUUUCCUAUGAAGCAGAGUCUGCCUACAAGAAUUCCAGUGCAACAUACUCAGCUGCACGUGAGCCAGAGGCCGGAUACAAAGCUGCAGAGUCGGACUACCAAGAAGCUGUGAGUCAGCGAGAGGCAGAAUAUGAACCGGAGACUGUCUAUGAAGUGGCAGGGGCAGGAGACCAUUACCAAGCAGAAGAAAAUGCUUAUGAUGAAUAUGAAAAUGAACUUGGAAUUACAGCCAUAGCCCUUUAUGAUUAUCAAGCUGCGGGUGAUGACGAGAUUUCCUUUGACCCAGAUGACAUCAUCACAAAUAUAGAAAUGAUCGAUGACGGCUGGUGGAGGGGUGUCUGCAAAGGCCGAUACGGGUUGUUCCCUGCGAAUUACGUGGAGCUGAGACAAUAAAGACUAUUGUCUACUGGUUAUGCCUUAAUUCCCCAGUCAAUAAAUCUGACUUAAUACACUACAAAUCAUGAUGCUUUUCUGAGGAUGGAGGGGUAUAUACAUAUUGCUUUUAUAUUUAAUACUUUGCUGAUGCUUUUUAAAAUGUUUAUGCCACAGAAAUCGCUAAUAUAUUGUAACUACUGUGUUCUUCACUAAGGCUCUUAAAAUGAUUUUCAUCCAUUUGGAAACAUUUCUUCUCUGCCAAAUUAGCAAUUGUCAGAAAAAGCCUUUUCAAGGACAGUUAGCUGUCUGUCAUAAUAUUGCAUGUUUUACUCAUAAGUAAGUGAGCAGAUAUACUUAGCGUUUAAGUCUAGUUAGUCUUCCACUAAAUGUUUUCAGCUAAGAAAAUCAUGGCUAUGCAGGUUAUUUGCCUUUCCACUAAGCAGGAGUGGGGAGGACUAGAGCA